AUGGACUGUGUCUCGUUUGUAGGUACUAUGGAUCGUGGAAACGCAGUCGUCAAUGGUGGUGUGUCAGGUGCGGGUACUAGUGGGUUACUUUCUAACAAGAAGUUGAAGGCCGAGUUAGAGCUCCCUGAUUCGGAAGGCAGUCUAGAACCAACGACUCCACUCAACCUCUCUGAACGGGAUGAAGAAGACGAGGAUGUGGAAUCUGAGGUGGAACCCAACGAAAAUCCGGAGGAGGAUCCCGAAGAAGACCCGAACGAGGAACCUGAAGAAGACCCCGCAGAGGAACCCGAGGUAAAUCACAUGGAGUACCAUGUGGAACAAAGAUACAAAACGUUCCAUAUGCCCUAUGUGGAGUAUACGCCAACUAGUCUUGGUACCUAUUGGGAGCGACUUUAUAAGGAUGAAAUGCCGCAGGCACAGCUCGAGAUUCACAAUUUGAAAAGAAAGAUGGAAGAGAUAGAUGAGAAUAGGUCAAGGAUCGUACAGGAGAACCGAAUACGGGUUGAGGUUGCUGAGAAGAGUAAGAGCAAGAUACAAAGGUUAGAACAGGAAGUGUUAGAGCUAAGGAAACCCACUAUGGCUAAGCUGUGGGAAGGGUUCGUAUCUCGCGCAAAGCAAGUCAAGGCCGCGACAUACAGAUUUCUGGAUAGGGUGCUUGGAAGAGACCCACCUCAGGCCGAGGUGUUGGUCAUCCAGAGUGGGCCUAGUGAUCUUAAUGUGUCUUCAAGAAGAUUUGGGAGGUUCACUAGGGUCACCCCGGAAGAUGAACAAAUCCCAAUUGGGGCUUAUGUCAGAGCACCAGGAGACGUACCAGAAACCCCACUGAUCCCAAAUGCUAGUCGUGGACGAGGCCAAGGAAGGGUCAGGGGUAGAGGAGGAGGCCGAGGAGCUGUUACGACAUCGAUACCUGCACAAUCUGCCCAUGGCAGCUUCAGAUCCCACCACGGUCGAGGCCGAGGUCUUGGAAGGGGUUGUGCUGUUGGGUUUUGAGAAGAGUUGGUUGAUGAGAUUGCGCAGGAAAUUCGAGACACCUUGCCCGAUGUAGUUUCUCAGGCACGAGAAGCUAUAAUGGGUGAGUAUGAAGGUAACAUGAGUGGAGGUGAAGAAGGCUAUGAGUACAAUACACCCAAUGUGAAUCGGGAACCAAAAAUUGAUCCCGUUUUUUCAUCAACAUGGAUCAUGGAGAUUGAGGGAACGUUUGAUACUAGAAAGUGCGCGGAGGAAAACAAGGUGAUUUAUGCUGCGACAAUGCUAAAAGCGGAGGCAAUACAUUGGUGGGGCAUGGUGAAGGAAGUUAGGGGUGUGAGGCGGCCAAGAAUAUUCCAUGGGAUGAAUUCUAAGAAUCUUUAA